GCUGCACAGACGCAGAAGAAGCACGCGGACACACACACUCUCUCUCUACUCUCUCCUCCUCCAACGUUCUCCUCCUCUUCCUCGUCUUCCCCACCAGGCCGUCGUCUUUCGGAGACCGACGAUGACGAAGGACGUGGUUGCAGAGCCGGAGCCGCACCACCAUGGGAAGGACUACGUCGACCCUCCCCCGGCUCCGCUCAUCGACCCCGGCGAGCUCAAGCUCUGGUCCUUCUACCGUGCGGUCAUCGCGGAGUUCGUCGCCACCAUGCUCUUCCUCUACGUCACCAUUGCCACCGUCAUCGGCAACAACGCGACCACCGCGGCCAAACCUUGCGGAGGCGUCGGCACCCUCGGCGUGGCUUGGUCCUUCGGCGGCAUGAUCUUCGUUCUCGUUUACUGCACCGCGGGCAUCUCAGGAGGGCACAUAAACCCCGCGGUAACGUUCGGGCUGUUCCUGGCGAGGAAGGUGUCGCUGGUGAGGGCGGUGGCGUACAUGGUGGCUCAGUGCCUCGGGGCCAUCUGCGGUGUCGCCCUUGUGAAGGGAUUGACUGGUUCCUUGUACAAGCUCAACGGCGGCGGGGCGAACAUAGUUAGCGCCGGCUUCACCAAGGGCACCGGCUUCGCAGCGGAGUUACUUGGUACCUUCUUCCUCGUCUACACCGUCUUCUCCGCUACUGACCCCAAAAGAAACGCCCGUGACUCCCACGUGCCUGUCCUGGCGCCAUUGCCAAUCGGCUUUGCAGUGUUUAUGGUUCAUAUCGCCACCAUCCCCAUCACCGGAACGGGCAUCAACCCGGCCAGGAGCCUCGGCGCUGCUGUUAUCUACGACAACGAAAAGAUUUGGAACGAGCAUUGGAUAUUCUGGGUUGGCCCAUUCGCCGGAGCGGCUGCAGCAGCUGCGUACCAUCAAUACGUGCUGAGAGCGGCAGCGGCCAAGGCCUUGGGCUCCUUCCGCAGCGGCGGCGGCGGCCGCCACAUUUAAAAGCCUCUUUAUUAUACAGCAGGAGGGCUUCACACUGAGCCAUUUGCUAUUGAUUUUUUUUUCACAUAUACACCGCUCCUGCUUCUCCUUCUUUAUUGGGUUGUUGUUAAUUAUUGUCCUUGUAUGAUUUUAGCGUGGUUCCCUGUCUUACUGGAGUGUUCAUGAAGACAGUUUGCGAAUAGUUUUGUUUCUAAUCAUUCUCUGUACUCUUGUGUGCUGUCAUCUUUCUGUAUCAUGUAUUCUUUGGGACUAUAAUGCGUUUGGCAGCAGUAGACUCCUUUUCUUA